AAUUUCACUAGAAUUUCCCUCAAUCACCUACUAAAACCCACCCCAGCUCGAGGGCCUAGCUUUCGCUCUGCUUUAUGUUCUCUGGACUUGUUAUUGACCAGAAUUGACGCCGGGAGAAAGGCUGAAGCGUUCCCUGCGGAUUCUCCCAGACCGAAGGGUUGUGAACCGGAGCAGAUGUGCCUCAUCUGUGGCUGUACUAGGGAAGAAAAGGUCUCCUCAGUUCAAAUUCUAACAAAGUAUCAAUCCUCAAGUGGGAAGUAUGGCAGCAUGCGGAGAGAAAUGAUGCUGCGAAAGAGCCUGGAGUCCUACAUCUUGAUCUGCAGCAUGUUUGGAGUGAUCCAGAAAAAGGAACAUUUUAAUGAGGUAUUUUUAAAUUACUUCAAGGAAAAUAAAGUAGAAAUAGCCCAUGCAAUCACCAAGCUGUUUCCUUUCCUAGAAAGCCUAAGGGACCGCUCCUUCAUCACAGACAAAAUCUAUGCUGAUUCUUACGAAGCCUGUGGGAACUCGAUUCCUGUAGAGAAAGUGGUGUACAAUGUUCUCAGUCACCUGGAGAAGUUACCUGACCCAUCAUUUCUAUGGGUUCUGUUUAACAGAGUGAACCUGAAGGAAUAUCCUGCUUUAAGAGAGAUUUAUAAAAGCUUGGAAACUGAGCUACAGGACAGAUACUCUCCCCAGAGAAGAAAACAGGAAGAACAAAAACUUGCCACCAUGCAGCCAAGCUAUGAGCAAGCAAGUAAAAGAUCUGUACAAUAAGAACUUCAAGACUCUGAAGAAAGAAAUUGAAGAAGACCUCAGAAGAUGGAAAGAUCUCCCAUGCUCAUGGAUUGGCAGGAUUAAUAUAGUAAAAAUGGCCAUUUUACCAAAAGCGAUCUACAGAUUCAAUGCAAUCCCCAUCAAAAUACCAAUCCAAUUCUUCAAAGAGUUAGACAGAACAAUUUGCAAAUUCAUCUGAAAUAACAAAAAACCCAGGAUAGCUAAAGCUAUCCUCAACAGUAAAAGGACUUCAGUGGGAAUCACUAUCCCUGAACUCAAGCAGUAUUACAGAGCAAUAGUGAUAAAAACUGCAUGGUAUUGGUACAGAGACAGACAGAUAGGUCAAUGGAACAGAAUUGAAGGCCCAGAAAUGAACCCACUACGGGCACUUGAUUUUUGACAAAGGAGCCAAAACCAUCUAAUGGAAAAAAGAUAGCAUUUUCAGUAAAUGGUGCUGGUUCAACUGGAGGUCAACAUGUAGAAGAAUGCAAAUCGAUCCAUGCUUAUCACCCUGUACAAAGCUUAAGUCCAAGUGGAUCAAGGACCUCCACAUCAAACCAGAUACACUCAAACUAAAAGAAGAAAAACUAGGGCAGCAUCUCGAACACAUGGGCACUGGAAAAAAUUUCCUGAACAAAACACCAAUGGCUUAUGCUCUAAGAUCAAGAAUCGACAAAUGGGAUCUCAUAAAACUGCAAAGCUUCUGUAAGGCAAAGGACACUGUGGCUAGGACAAAACGGCAGCCAACAGACUGGGAAAAGAUCUUUACCAAUCCUACAACAGAUAGAGGGCUUAUAUCCAAAAUAUACAAAGAACUCAAGAAGUUAGACCGCAGGGAGACAAAUAACCCUAUUAAAAAUGGGGUUCAGAGCUAAACAAAGAAUUCACAGCUGAGGAAUGCCGAAUGGCUGAGAAACACCUAAAGAAAUGUUCAACAUCUUUAGUCAUAAGGGAAAUGCAAAUCAAAACAACCCUGAGAUUUCACCUCACACCAGUGAGAAUGGCUAAGAUCAAAAACUCAGGUGACAGCAGAUGCUGGCGAGGAUGUGGAGAAAGAGGAACACUCCUCCAUUGUUGGUGGGAUUGCAGACUGGUAAAACCAUUCUGGAAAUCAGUCUGGAGGUUCCUCAGAAAAUUGGACAUUGAACUACCUGAGGAUCCAGCUAUACCUCUCUUGGGCAUAUACCUACAAGAUGCCCCAACAUAUAAAAAAGACACGUGUUCCACUAUGUUCAUAGCAGCCUUAUUUAUAAUAGCCAGAAGCUGGAAAGAACCCAGAUGUCCUUCAACAGAGGAAUGGAUACAGAAAAUGUGGUACAUCUACACAGUGGAAUAUUACUCAGCUAUCAAAAACAAUGCCUUUAUGAAAUUCAUAGGCAAAUGGUUGGAACUGGAAAAUAUCAUCCUGAGUGAGGUAACCCAAUCACAGAAAAACACACAUGGUAUGCACUCAUUGAUAAGUGGCUAUUAGCCCAAAUGCUUGAAUUACCCUAGAUGCCUAGAACAAAUGAAACUCAAGAUGGAUGAUCAAAAUGUGAAUGCUUCACUCCUUCUUUAAAAGGGGAACAAGAAUACCCUUGGCAGGGAAUAGAGAGGCAAAGAUUAAAACAGAGACAGAAGGAACACCUAUUCAGAGCCUGCCCCACAUGUGGCCCAUACAUAUACAGCCACCCAAUUAGACAAGAUGGAUGAAGCAAAGAAGUGCAGGCCGACAGGAGCCGGAUGUGGAUCUCUCCUGAGAGACACAGGCAGAAUACAGCAAACACAGAGGCGAAUGCCAGCAGCAAACCACUGAACUGAGAAUAGGACCCCCGUUGAAGGAAUCAGAGAAAGAACUGGAAGAGCUUGAAGGGGCUCGAGACCCCAUAUGAACAACAAUGCCAAGCCACCAGAGCUUCCAGGGACUAAGCCACUACCUAAAGACUAUACAUGAACUGACCCUGGACUCUGACCUCAUAGGUAGCAUUGAAUAUCCUAGUAAGAUCACAGUGUAAGGGGAAGCCCUGGGUCCUGCUAAGACUGAACCCCCAGUGAACUAGAUUGUUGUGGGGAGGGCGGCAAUGGGGGGAGGAUGGGGAGGGGAACACCCAUAAAGCAGGGGAGGGGGAGGGGUUAGGGGGGUGUUGGCCCAGAAACUGGGAAAGGGAAUAACACUCGAAAUGUAAAUAAGAAAUACUCAAGUUAAUAAAAAAAUAAAUUAAUUAAAAAAAUAAUAAAACCCUCUUAUUUUAUUUCAUGCGUACGAGUGUUUUUACUUGUAUCUCUGUGCACUGUGUGCCCACCUGUUACCCACAGAGGUCAGAAGAAGGGGUCAGGGCCCCUGCAGCUGGAGUUACAGACAGCCAUUAUGCUGGUGUUGGGAACUGAACCUGGGCCCUCUGUAAAAGCAUCGAGUGCUUUUUAACCACUGAGCCGUCGAUCCACCUGCAGUGCAGCUUUGUGUCAAGUUCCAAAUGAUGGGGAACUUGAUGGGGUGGAGACACAUUCUGCUCAGUAACAGUGAGUGUAGCCUGAGUCUCUGAGCAUGGUUCCAACUUAAGGAAUUCUUCAAUGGAGAGCUAUGCUGGGCUCUGAACAGUACCAGAGAAGAGACUAUGGGUGAUGGCAAAGGUGAUUGGUAAAUCCGAAUCUGGGGCUAUUGUUCAAGAGUAGAAAUAGAGGCUGGGGGUUUGGGGAUUUAGCUCAGUGGUAGAGUGCUUGCCUAGGAAGCGCAAGGCCCUGGGUUGGGUCCCCAGCUCCGAAAAAAAGAACAAAAAAAAAAA